AUGCUGCCUGAAUCACUUCCAAUUUUAAAAGAGCUUUCCCUUGAAAUGGACAUGCUUAACGGGUAUUAUCUAUUUGACCUUUAGAUGGAUGCCUAACAUACAAUACCCUAUAAGGUUGAAAUUUGAAAUGAAUGACGACAUGUUAUGGUCAGUGCAAAGAGAUUAGUUAGUGUAUGUGGGACCGAGAUAUGUGGAUUCUAUGGAGAUGUGCUAGAAAUACUUGAAUAAUUGUAAGUAGUGCCAUAUAUUGAAGACCAACCAACUAAGAAUUAAACAGACAUGAUGGAGGCAAUUCAAAAAAAAUAAAGAUAGCUAAGACUAUUUAUCAAUAGACCUUAAGCACAAAAGCAUUUUAUAUAGUUUGAUUCUGACUUCGAAUCAGGGAAUUUAGAUUUCGCAUUCUAAGUUCGUCCAAAUGAGUAUAAUUGUUAUAUGAGAUGUGAUUCCAAUUCACGUAGCAGUCAUAGUUGGUAUCAUUUCAGCUUGGUUUCUGAAAGAACAUAGAUAAUAAAACUAAAUAUUUGCAAUUUCAGCAAACAUCGUAGUCUUUAUUAAAGAGGUAUGAGACCUUAUAUAGGAAUAAAUGGUAUUUGGAAGUAAGGUGGUGAUAACAUAAUUUUUGAUCAGAAAAAUCAAAGAUAAUCAAGACUUAGUUUUGAUUUGACUCUUGUAAAAGGAUAGAAAAUAUAUGUUGCAUAUGGAGUGCCAUAUACAUAUUCUCAGAUGAUGCAAUUUAUAUAACCAUUGGGAUAUAGUAUUUUUACUAGAACACCUGCUGGUAUAGAUAUUCCAAUCCUCCAAUUUGGUGAGGCAAAGAAAAGAACAAUAAUAGUAACUGCUAGAGUUCAUCCAGGAGAAUCAAAUAGUUCUCAUUUGAUGGAAGGCUUUUUGAAGUAUCUCAUCUCUCCAGAUGGUGAAUAUCUAUUAUAGAAGUAAAUAACUCUAUCCAUAUCAAGAGUUCAUAAGUUAUAGCAAUCCCAAUGCUUAAUCCUGAUGGAGUAAUUGCUGGAAAUUUUAGAACUUGUUUAUAAGGAAUGGAUUUAAAUAGAUAGUUUUCCAAUCCAGAUUAGAAUACUACUCCUUAAAUAUAUCAAAUUAAAAGGAUGAUAGAAAAAUUAAAGAAUCCUCCAUUUGUUUAUAUUGAUAUGCAUGGACAUUCCCUUAAAAAGAAUUUAUUCAUUUAUGGACCUGAAUAUCCAAUUUUCAGUUUAAAUUAUUUAAAGUGUCGUGUUUUAGCUAAAUUGAUGUCUGAAGCAACAGAAAUCUUUCGUUAUUGGAGUGGUAUUUGGAGAGUUUAACCUAAUAAAAGAAAUACAGCAAGAGCCAUAUUAAAUUAAGAGUUUAAGAUAGUUAAUUGUUUUACAGUUGAAUGUUCAAAUGGAUUAUAUUACUUAGGAUCUCAAUAAAUUACUAAGGAAUUUGGAAUUCUUGAUUUUCAAUAAUUAGGACAAGAAUUAGGUAAAUAAAUUCAGAAUUUACUUGAAAAAGAAAUUAAAUAUAUAGAAUAUUAAAAGGAUAGACUCAAAAAUCGUAAGAAGAAAAGAAUAAAUCCAUAUACUAGUUUGUUAUAAUAGAUAUAAAAGGAUGAAGAAGAACAUUAAAUAUAAGAUGAAGAUGAAUUAUUAUAAAGUGAAAGCAGUGAAGAAGAGGUAAAAAAGAAAAAAAUUUUUGUUCGUAAAUUUCCAUAACCUAGAUAAUCUUAAUUAAGAUAAGAAAUUGAAUGUAGAAAAUCAUUCGUAUCUGAUCGAAAACCAAGAAGUUAAGAUAAAUCCUUAGACAAAUCUUAGAUUUCAUAAAGACCUUUUUCACCUUACACUCCUUUUAAGAGAUCAGUUUCAUCUUCUAGAUAUGUUAAUUGUCCUACAAAACAAUAGUAAUUGAAAUAAAGAUUGAGUAAUUAUGGAUUUAAUUGA